GAUGAAGAUCGAAAGGUAAACCUCAGAAUUGUCAUCACGUCUGCUAGACAAACCACAGUGCGCUCAGCCAUCACCAUACAGAGCUGAGGGUUGAUAUCCAUGUCCAAGUAGUUCAUUUCAUUUCAGCCAGUUCGAUCAAUGUGGGACUCUUUCCAGAGCCUAUGUUUUAGGCUCUGAUUCUCUGAUUUUGUGCAAGAUGUAGCGUCGGAAAUACUAAAAUCCUACCAGUUAAGUAACCUUCUGUGUUCUCAUCUGGAAGAGGAGUGUCAGAAUGCCUGCCGGGUCUCCCUCGAAGAGUUUCUUGAAGAUCAAGUGACUGACGUUAGUCAGAACGCUUUGUCCACAGCAGAGCUGAUCACAGGGCUGGUCUUUCUGUUAAUUGUUAUUUCAUAUCGUGACGCAGGGCCGCCUUUCGAAAGCCAGGACGCUGUCACUGAAUGUAUUUGGUAGAAGACGGGCACGUGCAUUUCUUUGUCACUUGUUUGGCUGCUUCCAAGGAGGGUAUUCUUUUCUUUGACCUGGCGUGACCUCCCCUCAUGGCACUGAGUCAUGUUACUCUCCUGAGAGGACCAUGCAUUUUUAUUGGUGUUAUUUUUUACCAACAGAAAACAUUUAUCAUGUACCUGCAGUGUGUAAGGUACUAUUAGCAAUCCUGUGUGGGAAGGCCCUCUUCUCUGUGUUUUCUGUUACUGUUAAAGUCCAGGGUUCUGACUCUGCAUCAGAAAUACUCCUGGAACUUUUAAUUUAUUUUAUUUUAUUUUUUUAUUUUUUGAAAAUGUCUAUAUUUAUUUUGGAAAAGGAAAGAGAGAGUGCAUGCACACAAGCAAGCGGGGGAGAGGCAGAGAGAGAGGGACAGAGGAUUCAAAGCAGGCUGCACGCUGACAACAGAGAACCCGAUGCAGGGCUUGAGCCCAUGAACUGUGAGAUCGUGACCCAAGCCCAAGUCAGACGCUCAAUCCACUGAGCCACCCAGGCGCCCCCUGUCCCGGAACUUUUUUGAAAAGCAGAUGCCUGGACUUACGGCAGACAUUUCGAGUGAGAAUCGACUGAGGCUGGACCUGGGCAUGACUGUGUUUUGGAAGUUCUGUAGGUUGUUCAGAUGUGUAGCCAGAGUUGGAAACCAGGGACAGUAGCAUAAUAUGGCUGUGAUGUGGGGUUUCUAUCCCUCCUAUUUCCGUUUUUCAAGGAGUUGUUCCGAGUGGCUUAGCACACACCCGGACCACCCACACAAACACCUGCUCCUUAAAAAGGAGUGUUAUCUCUGCCUUUAUCGACAUUAGGGCAGGCUUGGCUUUACAUUGUACUCCUCAGUCUGCGAAUAUUUGGCCAUUUGAAUGAAUGAACAGAGCCCUGUAAGUGACCAGCAGAACAAACUACAGUAGAACAGGAAUUAGAACCCUGAAAUAUGGAUCCCCAGACCAGUGCAUUUUCUGUUCUUUAACCCCCAUGUGCCCCAGCAUCACUAAGGGGGUUGGUUAAAAAUGAGAUUGUCCCCGGAGGCUGUACUUGAGGAGUUUGUCUGGCUACCUUCACUCGUCGUUUGAAAAAGGUGACGCGUGCCCUGCAGAGCUCUGGGAGCCACGCACACGUGGUGGCGCUCAGCCAAUGACAGUACUAUUGAUAAGAAGCCUGCGCUGAAAGCCGCUUCUCGACCGGCGGGGCUGUGCUGCCCGCAGAGCUCCUUGUCCGGAUUCCCAUUCAGCCCACAAGGACCAGGCACUGUGUCCCACCCCACAGCCGGGCGAUGGUGGGUGGCAGCAGGCAGGGUGAUUGCAGUGGCCCCCCUUGGCCUUCUGCUUGCCCCCAGGCCCGGUAGGAGAGCUCUGGCCCUGAGUCUCCUCCUGGACCCCAUUUCCCUGAAUUAUACCUUCUGUCCGUUUCCUUCGCACAAAGCUUUCACCUGCUGGGAAGAAUUGCUAUGGACCAGAUCUUGACCUCUGUGAUGUGUGCUUUAGUGGAACCAAAGCCGCCGGGGCAGAGGUGAUAUCAGGGUAAUGGCUCUGAUUCUCACUCAGAACUGGCGGGCGACCACGGGCACCACAGGACUUACGACUGUGGGCUUGGGGUCUAGUCCCAACUCGUAAAGAUGUCAUGCCCCUGGGCAGGCCGUAGUUUCCUCCACUGCAGCAUAAUUGUGUGUGUCCCACUUAAUUCUCUCAUGACGAUUAAUUUAUCCUCUGGGAGCCAGGGGAAGCUUCCAGACAAGGCCUCCCCAGGAGUGUUCCAAAGCACCAGUUAGGGGCUCCCCUCUCCCCUCUUCGAACGCCAGCAGGACCCCUGUCUUUGGACGCUUAUCCCCUUCUGCCCUGCAGUGUGGCUAUUCGUGUCCUUAAUUUAUUUCACGGGCCAAAAGAAGUGCUAAACACACAGAGCCCACUGGCUCCUGCGGGCGGGUUUCGGGUUUCGGGGUCCCGUGCCAGGCCCUUGGGGACCUGGGCCUGCUUUACCUCUGCAGCCCUGCCCUGGGCACCGGGCCUGCGGUUCUCUGAGCAACGCCCGUGUGUGCACACGGGGUUCCCUCUACCUGGAUGGUCCCCCCUCAGCCCUCUGUUUGCCUCCUCAGGCAGCAGUUAGCGUGACUGAAGAAUUUUCAGAAUGUAAGACGCUGUGACCACACGGACUGACUGUGGCGGCUGCCCACGGGUCACCGUUGGGUGAAUGGGUGGCGAUGUGACAGAAACAGGAGUCCCUCAGCCUGUCGAUUUCAAGCAGAGGGGGGUCCUCACUGCUCUGGAUUUGUUACUUGGCGGCCAGCUGUUUCCCCUCACAAUUCCCAACACACACCCUGCGGCUUGUUCCUAAGGCCUACAAAAGCCGUAGGAGGAAAGUGAUUACAGGAACUUCAGCUGUUUUGCGCUCUCUGAAUGGCCCUCUUUCAUCAGGAUAUGCAGGGACAAGGGCCUUUUAAAACCCAAAUAUCAGGGGAAGACAAGAGUCCCAUAAGAGCCAUCUGCCCCCUGGGUGGGAACAUCAUCCGGACGAGAACUCCUGCCCAAGGACUCCUGGCCCCUUCCUUCCCUCUCUCCUUUCUCUGGAGGGAGUGCGAGGCAGGAGCUGGAGGCAGUCGAAGAUGUGAACCAGGCUAUCAUGAACCUUUUUUAUUUCACUGACUUCUGCGUCUCCCUUCAGCGGGCUCACACCCUCCGCUCUUCAGAGGCUUCCAGCCCAAAUUACUUAAGUGAGAGCUUUUUCAUGGUGAAAGGAGCGGCCCUCUUCUUACAACAGGGAAACAGCCCUCAAAGCCAGCGAAGUCUUCAGCAUCCCCACAAGCAUGCAGGUGACCUGCCCCAACAUCUGCAAAUAAUGAUCAACCUCCUGCGUUGUGAAGAUCGGAUCAAGCUGGCCGUGCGCUUGGAGAGCGCCUGGGCGGAGCGGGUCCGGUACAUGGUGGUGGUAGACAGCAGCGGGCGCCAGGACACGGAGGAGAGCAUCUUGCUGGGAGUCGACUUUUCCAGUAAGGAGAGUAAAAGCUGUACCAUCGGGAUGGUUCUCCGGCUGUGGAGCGACACGAAAAUCCACCUCGACGGAGAUGGUGGGUUCAGCGUCAGCACAGCGGGACGGAUGCACGUCUUCAAGCCCGUGUCUGUCCAGGCCAUGUGGUCUGCCCUGCAGGUCCUUCACAAGGCCUGCGAAGUGGCACGGAGACACAACUACUUCCCCGGCGGCGUGGCUCUCAUCUGGGCCACCUACUAUGAGAGCUGCAUCAGCUCCGAUCAGAGCUGCAUCAACGAGUGGAACGCCAUGCAGGACCUGGAGUCCACGCGGCCCGACUCCCCGGCCCUGUUUGUGGACAAGCCAACUGAAGGGGAGAGGACCGAGCGCCUCAUCAAAGCCAAGCUCCGGAGCAUCAUGAUGAGCCAGGAUCUGGAAAACGUGACCUCAAAAGAAAUCCGUAAUGAAUUAGAGACGCAGAUGAACUGUAACUUGAAAGAAUUCAAGGAAUUCAUAGACAACGAGAUGCUCCUUAUCUUGGGACAGAUGGACAAACCCUCCCUCAUCUUCGACCAUCUUUAUCUUGGCUCUGAAUGGAAUGCGUCCAAUCUGGAGGAGCUGCAGGGCUCAGGUGUUGACUACAUUUUAAAUGUCACUAGAGAAAUAGAUAAUUUUUUCCCUGGCUUAUUUGCAUAUCAUAACAUCCGAGUCUACGACGAGGAAACAACAGACCUUCUUGCCCACUGGAACGAGGCGUACCAUUUUAUAAACAAAGCGAAGAGGAACCAUUCCAAGUGCCUGGUGCAUUGCAAGAUGGGUGUCAGCCGAUCCGCUUCCACGGUCAUAGCCUACGCGAUGAAGGAGUUUGGCUGGCCUCUGGAAAAAGCGUACAACUACGUGAAGCAAAAGCGCAGCAUUACACGCCCCAACGCGGGCUUUAUGAGGCAGCUGUCUGAGUAUGAAGGCAUCUUGGACGCGAGCAAACAACGACACAACAAGCUUUGGCGCCAGCAGGGCGACACCUGCCUCCAGCCGCCCACGGAGGACCCCUCAGGGUCUGGGGACUUCUUGCCGGAGACCCUGGACGGCACCCCAGAGGCCCAGCUGCCCUGCCUGGACGACGCUGCCCAGCCUGGGUUCCCAGACAGCAGGGCCCCAGGAGGAGCCGCCCUCCCCUGCUGCUUCCGGCGACUCUCAGACCCCCUCCUGCAUCCCCCCAGCGGCGAGACCCGCAGCGUGGUCCACCUGGAGGACCUGGAGAGGGACGCCCUCCUGGAGGAAGCAGCCGAGGCGACUGAGGCACACAGGCCGGCCGCACAUCCCCAGGAAGCUUCCGGACCCUGCGAGAAGGAGGUGAAGAAGAAGCUGGAGUUCGGGAGCCCCAAGGCCCGGAGUGGCUGGUCGCCCCAGGUGGAGGAGAUGGAAGGGGAGGAGGCCCCAGGAGCAGGGCGGUGGGGGCGGCCCCCGCCCCAGCUGGACCAAAGCCUGCUCAACCGGGAAAACCUGAACAACAACAACAGCAAGAGGAGCUGUCCGGAGGACUUCGAGCACGAUGCUAUAUUCGGGAUCCUUAACAAGGUGAAGCCUUCCUACAAAUCCUGUGCCGACUGUGUGUACCCUACAGCCAGCGGGGCUCCUGAGGCCUCCAGGGAGCGGGGCGAGAACCCCGGUGCCCCCGCCAUCUGCACCCAGCCGGCCUUCCUGCCCCACCUCACAUCUUCCCCUGUGGCCCACACGUCCAGCAGGGCCCGAGCUUUAGAGAGACUGGCCUCUGGCCCAAGCGAAAGUCCCCCUUUCCUACCACCAGCAGGCUCGAGGAGGUCAGACGGUGGUGGCUCUGGGGCCGAAGCUGCCCCAGAGCCACCAGCUAGCCUUUCGGAACCUUCCAGAGAAACCCAAAGAGCCCUGCCAAAGUCCCUCCUUUUGAAGAACUCUCACUGUGAUAAGAACCCUCCAAGCAUGGAAGUGGCGAAGGAUGAAUCCCCACCCAAGAAAGAUCCGAAGCCAGCCAAGGACCUGCGGCUUCUGUUCAGCAAAGAAGCUGAGAAACCAACCACCAACAGCUACUUGAUGCAGCACCAGGAAUCCAUCAUUCAGCUGCAGAAGGCGGGCUUGGUCCGGAAGCACACCAAAGAACUGGAGAGGUUAAAGGGCACGCCCGCAGACCCGGCUUCUCCCUCCAGGGACGGCACGACCAGCAGGCUGGAGGCCAGCAUCCCCGAGGAGAACCCCGCUCCGCCGGGGCCCCUGCCGCUGCCUCGCCUCUCUGGGAGUGACGAGAAGUCAGAGGCCCUCCCCGCUCCACUCGAAGGAGCCCCACUCAAGAGUCCCACCCCCUUCCUCUGCCGCCUGGAUCACACCAGUCAUUUCUCAAAAGACUUCCUGAAGACGAUCUGCUACACCCCCACCUCCUCCUCCAUGAGCUCCAACCUGACCCGGAGCUCCAGCAGCGACAGCAUCCACAGCGUCCGAGGCAAGCCCGGGCUCGUGAAGCAGCGGACGCAGGAGAUCGAGACCCGUCUCCGGCUGGCGGGCCUCACCGUCUCGUCCCCGCUGAAACGCUCACACUCUCUGGCCAAGCUCGGAAGUCUCAACUUCUCGACGGAGGACCUGUCCGGUGAGGCGGACGCGUCCACCCUCGCCGAUUACCGGGACGCUAAGUUGGGCGAGUCUUCCUUCUCGUGUGAGCCCCGGGCAAACCCAAGGAACCCAGCUGCAUCCUCUCCGCCAUCAGGGAAACCCGCUUCAGAAAACUUGAGAAGCCCCUUGUGGAUGAGCAGGAGCUGACCCGCCUCUUGCUGCAUUUGGACGGACACCAUCACGUGAUCCCUCCGUGCGUUUCACCGGGGGUUUUGGUCAGCCCCUUGUAUCUUGAUUUCUCCUAAACAGUGGACGCUCGGGCUUUCCCCCUCUUGCCACAGAGAGGAGGGGAAGAGACAAAAAAUAACGUAGCACAAGAAGAAAGGGGGAAGAAGCCAGCUGUGUGGCCCUGGAGAGCCAGAAGCCGUCGGCCAGUAGAUACAAAACCCUGAUCCCCAAGUCCUGUGGUUUCAGGAAGAAUCCGGUUUUAAAAAAGCAUAUACAGAUGUGCAGACACAUCGCAAGUACUCCCUUGGCACCGUGCGAAAGAACGGGAGCCCAGAUGGCUCCGUCGCCACGCGCACGUCCCUAGCUCAUUCAGGCCCUCGCGGGGAAACCCUUGGAUGGCAAUAUUAAGUGCUACCUCUGUUCUUGCUGUGCUUUUUGUUUUUAAGAUACAAUAGUGACCCAGGCUCGUUCCAGGGAAUGAUGCUGUGUCAGAAAAGGUUUUUUCCAAAAGAGAAUUUUUUCUUUGGUCCCCACCAAAAAAAAAACCCACCCCAAAAAGCGUUAAGACUUUUAAGUCGACCGCACCAAGCGCCACUAGGUAAAGUUAACAGGAAGUCGUCCAGUGCCGUUGUUGAACCAACUCUAUGGAGCGUGGAGAUCAUCCGUACGGUUGACUUCUUUGUCCUGGUUGUGUUGUGACCGCUGAGUGAUGCGCGUCUGGCCAGCGCCGGGGCGAGGGGCGGGGG